GUUGCACAACACAAGUUCCUUAUGAGUGGAAGGGGGAAAGUGCCACAACCAUGAGUUUCUUUGAAAAACUGAAAAACUUACAUUGUGGACCUCCUGCUCCACCCAAAAGAACAGAUAUCAGUGCAGGGUGUGGUUGGUCCGAGGAUGAAUUAGGUGAGGAAGAUGGUGAUACAUAUGAAGCUCCCCCUUGCGAGCGACCUACCAUAAAGGUUCAGCAUCGCCAUGUAGAAGAGAAUGUAUACCUUGGCUACCCUGAGAGGCCACCAUACUCCACAAAUCCCCAAAGACAGGCAGCACCACCACCACGACCAGCCAAGAUCACAUCAAAAAUGAAAUCCCCUAAGCUGCUACCUGAGCAAGAGGAGUUCUACAGUGAUUCCAACAAUAGAAAAUGUCCUGAUGUCUCCCAUGACGAUUGGGCUGGUAAGAAAUUGGUCCCUAGGAAGAGCCCUCCAGCAAUACCUGUUCCUAACCUAGAAGAAGAUGUUUACCUGGAUCCAAAUGAAGGACAGAGUGAGAGAGAACAUAUACAUGAUAUAUAUGUGGAACCUACAGCAGCAUGUCCCCCUGUACCCCGUGGUGUUCGCAUGCUUCCACCCAAAACAAUAGCGAGAGAUCUUCCUCUACCUGUUAUGAAACCACCUGUCCCUAGAGCCAAAUCCAACUCUCUUAUCACCAAAGACUCACUGAAAGCAGAAUCACUCCCAGAUGUGAAGAUCCACACUAUUCCUGACCAUGUACCAUCACCAAUCCAAAACAUCAGACCUCCUCUUGCUAUUGAGGUCAUAAAAGAUGCCAAGCCCAGCUCAUCCAUUUCUCCUACAGCAGACAGUACUGCACCAGUGACACACCCUGGAGAACAGGAAAUGGGACUGCAGGACAGAGAGUGGUUUGCUGGGAUAUGUGGACGCAAAACUGCAGAGGACACCUUAAUGAAAGUUAAUAAGGAUGGCUCCUUCAUGGUCAGGUGCAGCACGGCUCAGAAUGCACGACAACCAUUUACUCUAGUUGUGCUUUUUAAUCAGAAAGUCUACAACAUUCCUGUGCGCUUUCUCAAGGACUCGUGCAGCUACGCCCUGGGCAAAGAGGGAAAGAAAUGUGAAGAGCUAUUUGGCAGUCUGCAGGAGAUGAUUUCUCACCACAAGGAUAACCCCCUUUUGCUGAUUGACAGCAAGAGUCAGGCCAAACACACCACCUACCUCACACAUCCUGUACACCUGUAACACACCAACAUACAUGCAGAUGUGUACACAGUAUCCAUACUCUGACAUAAAUAUUUGGAUCACUUGCUUUCAAUAUCACACUCAUAAACAUAUGUUCUGUAGAUCUAUGCAUUACAAUUUACCCCUGUUUAUUUUCACAAUUUGAGUGCACAUAAUAGUUAUUUUAAGUUUAAUUUCGUAACUGAAAUUACUUGCUUGCAUUUAAUGCAAUUACUUAAAUAACUAGAGUAAAACAAUUUAUUUAAGUAAUUGCAGGAAAACAAUUAACUAACUUCUCUAGUGAUCUAGUGAUUCUUCUUACAUGUCCUAGCACAAAUGCUUGUAAUGCUGUUGUUUAGUUAGGAUUUAUUAGGGGUCCAUUCACCAAAGGUGUGAAGACUCUACUGGUUUUGUUAGGAUUUUUAGGUUGCAUUUUUACAAUUUCAUGAAUCAAAGCACCAAUUUUGGAGGAAAGGUGCAGUAUGCCACCCACUACUCAAGCUAGUGCUCCUGCAAGUCAGGUUUGGAAUUUUACAAUAAGGUUUUGGAAUUUUACAAUUUUACAAAAAUUCUUGGCUCUGUAGAUUCUUUGGUUCAAACUAAAUUAAACAAUAUGCCUGCCACAUGUUGUACUCUUCAUAUUUCCAAAUUAAAACAAGUACAUCUCUUACAGCACAUAACUUGUGAGUAUAUAAUUGGGCUCAUAUGAUGCAUCUCUCUGAGAAUGACAAUUUAUCCAAUAUAAGCUUUUCAUUGGAUUGUCUCAAAAUUGCUCUUGGCAAUGUGCAGAUGCUAAAGCUAUCUUAAAUUCUAAAGAUAUCUUAAAGCUACUUAUCACAGAAUGUUGUGGUUAUAACACUUUUACUUCAACACAUCAGUCAGUGUGGUUUGGGCAUUUCUCUUUGCUAAAAAAUCUUGAAUUGUCUGAUUUUGUUCGGCUUUAGAACAUUAAUAUAUAUGGAUGCAUGCUAAAUUUGGUUACAUUCAGCCUCUGGGGGGUGCUUAAUGCUUUAUUUUGUGCUCUAUUCGUUAAAAUUUUUCUUUUUAACAGAAGAAAAUGCUAAUUGUGUCAAAUUACGCAACUCCUUAAGUGUCAUUGUGUCACCAAUACAUAAGUUUACCACAUACCACACAGUUGUUGCUCAGACCCCGAUGACAGCAACUUGUAAGGAAUAUUUUUAAUCAAUCAAAUUAUAAUCCAAUCAUGUAUAAUCAAUGUAUGCAAUAUGAGAGUAUUCAUGUAUGUUAAUCAAGGAAACUAGGACAACUGAUGUAACUCUAGCUUUUUGUUUAACUCGUUGUUUGUAUCUUAUUCUUCCUAGCUUGCUAACUUAUGUCAUGUCAUUUCUUAACUUAGGUCAUUUCUCCUCUGUAUCUUUUUUCACCAGCUUGGUAGUUGUGAUUUCUUAGCAUGCAUUGUUAAGAAUUAUGAUUAAAAUUAAUCAGUUUGUUGUUA